CGCGGCGCCGCUCUAGGUGGAGGCUCGCGGCUGAGCCCAAGCCGGCUGCUCGGCGGGCUCGCGUCUCUAUGGUGGCUGAGGCGAGCGGCGCUCUAGGCGUGCCUCUCGAUGGUCCGCGCUGUCGCUAGGCGGUGCGGGGCCUAGGCCUCGGCGGGUCGGCGCCGCCAUGGCCGCCUCGGCGGGCCCGGCGGAGGGGCCGUGCGUGCUGUGCUGCGGGGAGCUGGACGUGGUGGCGCUGGGCCGCUGCGAGCACCCCAUCUGCUACCGCUGCUCCGUGCGGAUGCGGGCGCUCUGCGGCGUGCGGUACUGCGCGGUGUGCCGGGAGGAGCUGGCUCAGGUCGUCUUCGGACGGAAGCUCACGUCCUUCUCUACAAUAGCACUUAACCAGCUGCAGCAUGAGAAGAAAUAUGACAUUUAUUUUACAGAUGGAGAUGUUUAUGCACUGUACAGGAAGCUGCUGCAGCACAAAUGCUCCUUGUGUCCAGAUGUGAAGCCAUUCAACACCUUUGCAGAUCUGGAGCAGCACAUGAGGAAGCAGCAUGAGCUCUUCUGUUGCAAACUCUGUGUUAAACACUUAAAGAUCUUUACGUAUGAACGGAAAUGGUAUUCCCGAAAGGACCUGGCUCGCCAUCGGAUCCAUGGGGAUCCGGAUGACACCUCCCACCGCGGGCACCCCCUCUGUAAAUUCUGUGAUGAGCGGUACCUGGAUAACGACGAGUUACUGAAACACCUCAGGAGAGAUCACUAUUUUUGUCAUUUCUGUGACUCCGAUGGUGCUCAGGAAUACUACAGUGAUUACGAAUACCUCCGGGAGCACUUCCGUGAGAAGCACUUCCUUUGCGAGGAGGGCCGGUGCAGCACGGAGCAGUUCACCCACGCCUUCCGCACCGAGAUAGACUACAAAGCUCACAAAACAGCCUGCCACAGCAAGAGCAGGGCAGAGGCCAGGCAGAACCGGCAGAUAGACCUGCAGUUCAACUACGCUCCUCGGCACCAGAGGAGGAACGAGGGUGUUAUAAGUGGAGAGGACUAUGAAGAAGUUGACAGGUACAACAGGCAAGGGAGGUCAGCCAGGUUGGGUGGCCGAGGAAGCCAGCAGAACAGGAGAGGCAGCUGGAGGUACAAGAGGGAGGAGGAGGACAGAGACGUUGCAGCCGCAGUCAGGGCCUCUGUGGCAGCUAAACGGCAAGAAGAGAAAAAACGGGUGGAAGACAAGGAGGACAGCAGCAGUAGAGGUAGAAAGGAGGACGUGAGGGAUUCCGAGGUGCUCAGCUCCAAACGUGUGCCAAAGGCUUCAAACGAUGCCACAGAAGCAGCUGCUAACGGUGCUUUAAGCCGGGAUGACUUUCCAGCCAUCGGUUCAGCAGUGGGACCUCUGCAAGGCUCUUCCCAGCCAGCAGUGGUUAAGCUUAAAGAGGAAGAUUUCCCAAGCUUGUCAUCCUCUGCAGCACCCACCAUUUCUUCUGGCAUGUCUUUGACCUAUACAACGACUGCAAAGAAAACAGCUUUCCAAGAGGAGGAUUUUCCAGCUCUGGUGUCCAAAAUGAGGCCUAACAAUAAAACAGUAACUAACAUUACAUCUGCGUGGAACAAUGGUUCUAGUAAGAGUGUGGUCAAAGCCAUUAGUAACCCCUGUGUAAAUCAGAUAGCCAAAAAACCCUCCUCCUCCUUGAACAGCACUAAAGGAAGCAAGAAGAGCAAUAAACUCCCGCAGUCAGACGAUGAAGACGGCGGUAGUGGCCUGACAACCCAGGAGAUCAGAAACACACCAACCAUGUUCGACGUGUCGUCCUUGCUGGCUGCUUCUACCUCGCAAACCUUUACGAAAGUGAGCAAGAAGAAGAAGGUGGGGGUUGAGAAGCAGAGCCCAUCGUCCCCACGCCUGUCACAGGAGACAGCCUUCCCCAGGGCAUCCACUGAAAAGCUGCCAGAAGCAGAGCACACCUCAAGUGCUCUUCACAACCCUGACAGACCCACAGCCAUCGUGAAUGGUCACUCAGAGAAGCCGUUAGUGGUCUGUAGCACACCCAAAGAGCCCCCUGGCCUUAAAAAGCCCACAGUGACUAACAAAUGCCCUUUACCUCAGGAAGACUUCCCAGCUCUUGGGAGCUCAGGAUCAGCCAGAAUGCCCCCACCACCAGGCUUUAACACUGUGGUGCUAUUAAAGAAUCCUCCUCCACCUCCAGGACUGUCGGUGCCUGUUAGUAAACCCCCUCCAGGUUUUGCUGUUAUUCCAUCCACCAACAUCACUGAACCUGUCACUACGUCUUUGAAAGACUCCAGGCCAAAAUCCUGUCACGGCUCGUACCUGAUACCUGAGAACUUCCAGCAGAGGAACAUCCAGCUCAUCCAAUCCAUUAAGGAAUUCCUGCAGAGCGAUGAGUCCAAGUUCAAUAAGUUUAAAACUCACUCGGGGCAGUUCAGGCAGGGUCUCAUUUCUGCAGCCCAGUAUUACAGAAGUUGCCGGGAGCUGCUUGGGGAGAACUUCAGGAAGAUCUUUAGGGAGCUGCUGGUGUUGUUGCCGGACACGGCGAAGCAGCAGGAGCUGCUCUCUGCCCACAACGACUUCAGACUCAAAGAGAAACCAAGCUCCAGCAAACCCAAAAAGAACAAAAGGAACGUUUGGCAAACGGACUCCAACUCCGAGCUCGACUGCUCCAUCUGCCCGACGUGUCAGCAAGUGCUGACCCAGCAGGACGUUGGCACCCAUAAAGCUUUGCAUAUGGAGGACGAGGAGUUCCCGUCCUUGCAAGCCAUCAGCAGGAUCAUCAGUUAGCUUUCCCGGUGACCAAUAAAGCAGGCUCUGCCUGGGGAGGUGUGCUCCUUGGGAGGAGCUUUGGCAGCGUCGCACGGCCCAGAGCCGGGGCUGGAUUAGUCACACGCCGGGAAACCACCGCUGGAGAGCCCUCGGGGUGCUCCACAAUGCAAAGGGAUCACGGGACUGCGCCGGAGCUGAGGAGCAGCCCAAGUCUGAGCUUCCAAAAUGCCUGAGUAGAAUUAGGCUCCAAGCGCCGGGUGGGCAGGAAGGGGCCACCUUCCUCCUCUAACAUGCAAUAGCUGGGGAAAAUACUCUCUGAUCUGAAGACUGGCAGGGGACACCAUAGGGGAAUGAGCAUCUGGUUUGGGGGUUUUCUUUCUUUACUGGGGGGCUCUGGGGGAAGAUUAUGAAUUACUGAAAUAACAGACACAAAAGUGGCUUCCUUUAUCAUCUUUUCUUCUUGUGCUGCUUGUGUGACCACAAGGAUCACAGCAGGCAGGGGCACGGAGGGCCAGAAGAGAUGCUUCUCGCUGGUGUUAAGCCCCCAACAGCCACGUGAACAGCAGGAGCAAACCAUUCCUGUCUGAAACCAGAAUCCAUUCUGCUGCUUGAAGAAGGGGACCGAUCAAGUGCUGAGCUGAACGGGAAGACCUGAAGUUGCCUCUGCCCUUUUACCUCCCCUGUUCUUUACAGAAUCUUCUUUUGUAGCACUGCAUGUAGAGUAUUGCUGAGGCUUUACCUCCUGUAAAGCACUUCACAGGGGUUUUAUUUAACGACUGCCAUGUUCCUCCUUUCUUGCCUGUAUUAAUGGUGGGAGCUCCAGACCACACAGCGCGUUGGGCCAUUAAAUGCUGCUGAUCACUCA